GCUGUACUUGAGUUCGAAGGAGAUCCAACUUCGGAGUGUUUCAAGCAGGUGCUGGAGGCUCUCCAGGCGCUUCAAGUGACAUUCGAAGUCGGUUCGGGCUCGGCCGAGGCCAGCCCGAGCCACAGGUCUCAGCACGUUGCCGCCCUCACCGAGAUGCGCCUCAAGGACCCCAGGGCCUUCCGAGACCUGCACAGCCGGGCCAACCCCAGCGUAGGUGUGUGGAUACUGUCACCUCCGUCACUUCCGGCAGCUCCGGCAGCUUUGGCGCCGUCCCGCCGGUCCCAGCACUUCACCCUCAGCGACCUCGAGAAGAUGCGAGUGGAGGAGGAGAUCGCAGGAAUGCCCAGCUAUGCAGAGCAGUACCGGAGAGAGCAUCAGGCCACCUCGGCCACCAACUACUCCGAGUUGGUGGAGCGAGGUUAUGACCCCGAGUUGCUGGCCAGGCAGGCCUUGGACGGCACCAACGGCUAUCGAGCAUCGAAGGGGCUGGCGCCGCUGCAGUGGCACGACGGCAUCGCGCGCAUUGCCCGCGAGCACGCUCAGCAGAUGUCCUCCGGCGCAGCUCCUUUCAGCCACGAUGGCGCGGACCAGCGCUUCCGAGCGUAUCCUGUGGCGCAUCGCUCUGCUGCUGAGAAUUUGGCGCUGAACAAUGGCAUUUCUGAUGUGGCUGGAGCAGCGGUGAAGGGGUGGAUCAAUUCCCCAGGCCAUGAGAGGAAUCUGAGUGGUCAAUUCAAGCUUUGCGGCAUUGGGGUCGCACGUGCUUCCAACGGAACAUUUUAUUUGACCCAGCUCUUUGCUGCGUGA